CCAGAACCAUUUACGCGUAGAAGUACAGUACAGUAAGGUCAUAUUUUUUAUUUUAUUUCUCACGAAUGCAAAAUUUUACAACCAUAUACUUUAAGUUAUGGAUUUGAGAUUGUUCAUCGCAUUCUGUGUAUUCACUGCAUCAUGCACAGCAGUAAGGCUCCACACGCUCUUUGAACUUAUAGAUGGUGGCUCUACCCUACGUUACGACUCAAAUCUACAAGGCUUUCUCCACAUUGGUAACGAUUACUCAGUAUUCCUCAGAACACCUGUCGAUAACGAUAAACAUUUAAUCUACGAGCUGUACGAAACUAAUAAUAUACCCAACACUCCAACAUCCCAUAACUACAAGCCGUCUAUGCUAGCCGUAUCGCAAAUACCUAUAGAAUAUAUAAAAGAACAGUUACGUACAUACAGAGACGAGUUACAUAAUGCCACUUAUAUGAACGACUCACUAGUGCCAGGAACUAAGGUGAUGACUUUGAGAGAAUGGCAAAUUGCGAAGGCUCUGAAAUUACGGGAUGAAAAUGGGACAAAUACACCUUUACGAAGUGAACCACUGGUCUUAAGAAUGCUCAAUUGACCAUAAACAGAAAACAUAUUUAAAUAAUAGUAAAAUAGUUGCAUUAGCUUAAUAAAUGC